CUGCAUCCGAAGAUCACUCUGCCAGGAAAUCACAAAAUAACAGUGCAAUAAUCUAAAAAUAUUGUCACUACCUAAGAAUGUGAGUUUAAAAUAGCAGCCGUGUGAGGAAAAUUGAACAGUCUCAUUGGAAAAGGCUAGAGUCAGCUCUCGCACUUCAUCGCUUAAAAGUUUACCCGGAGCCGGAGUCUACUGUUAUUUAUUUUCUUGUUUGCAACAUGUUUGCAAAUGCAACAAUGGUGUUUCUUUCUUGUUAAGACAUGCGUACUGACUUGAUGAAUGUCUUAAGCCUGCUUCAAAUAUAAACGAGCGUAAUCUGACUGGAGUCUUGCGCUUCUCUCGGCUGACUGGAAUACAUUGUAUUAACGCGAGCAAAACAUCUGUCGAUGACUGGGAGACGGCUGCUGAAUACUGAGAGAGGAAGAGCAAAGCCCGGAGCACAGAGAAUAAGCCUCUGUAGGGUUAAACACGACAGCACCCGUCCUGGAGAGGGCGAAGGAUUCUGGAGGGUGAUAGUGGCUGUGGACUGGACAUCACUGUGAACCUUCACCCGGGACAGAGAGAGAAAGAGAGAGAGAGAAAUGGUCUCCGUGAUGGCAUCAAAGUGGCUUUUAUGUUUCUGCCUGCUUUUGCUGUGCGUGACAAGGUCUCUUGCUGCUGAUGCUGAGGAGAGGCUGGUAGAUUUUCUGCUUGGUCUUGAGCGCUACAACAAACUUAUCCGGCCUGCGGUCAAUAAGAGUCAGCAGGUCACUAUUGGCAUCAAAGUCUCUCUAGCACAGCUCAUUAGUGUGAAUGAGAGGGAACAAAUCAUGACAACGAAUGUGUGGCUGACUCAGGAGUGGAAUGACUACAGACUGGUGUGGGAUCCGAAUGAGUACGAGGGCAUCAAAAAACUACGAAUACCAUCGCAGCACAUCUGGCUUCCUGAUAUAGUACUCUAUAACAAUGCAGAUGGUGUGUAUGAAGUAUCAUUUUACUGCAAUGCAGUUGUCUCCAACACUGGUGACAUUUUCUGGCUCCCUCCUGCCAUCUACAAGAGCGCCUGUGCUAUUGAAGUCCGUAACUUCCCCUUCGAUCAACAGAACUGCACGCUUAAAUUUCGCUCUUGGACCUACGAUCGCACAGAACUCGAUCUUGUCUUGACGUCCGAUUUUGCCAGUCGUGAUGAUUACACACCAAGCGGUGAAUGGGAUAUUGUGUCGCUCCCUGGCAGAAAAAAUGAAGACCCCAAUGAUCUCACGUACCUGGAUGUCACGUACGACUUUGUGAUCAAGCGCAAACCUCUCUUCUACACGAUUAACCUCAUCAUUCCAUGCGUCCUCAUCACUUCUCUUGCAAUUCUGGUUUUCUACCUGCCUUCAGACUGUGGAGAGAAGAUGACACUUUGUAUAUCAGUUCUUCUGGCUCUAACUGUGUUUCUGCUCCUGAUAUCAAAGAUCGUUCCGCCGACAUCCCUGGCUGUUCCAUUAAUAGGGAAGUAUCUGAUGUUUACGAUGGUGCUGGUCACAUUUUCUAUCGUGACGAGUGUGUGUGUGCUCAAUGUUCACCACCGUUCUCCAUCGACACACCACAUGCCCGAGUGGGUCAAGCGUGUGUUCCUGCAUAAGCUUCCUACUUUCCUUCUGAUGCGACGGCCCAGAAGGUCUAAUGUACGGGGAAGGUUUCGACGGACGCAUCAGCGGAAAUCAUUCUCAUCUGAUGCUAAGGGCAUAAGGUUGGACGGAGACUCAUUCUUCUUAAGUGAUGACCCUGGGCGUGUGUGCGGGGCCUGGAGGGUCGGUGACCUUCCCGAGGGCUCAGAGUUCAGGCAGAGAGUGAAAGUCAGGCACGACCCAGAUGUGGAUGAGGCCAUAGAGGGUGUGAGGUUCAUUGCUGAACAUAUGAAGAUUGAGGAUGAUGAUGAAGGGAUCAUUGAGGACUGGAAGUAUGUAGCCAUGGUGAUCGACCGGCUCUUCCUCUGGAUUUUUAUCCUGGUGUGUGUCGUCGGCACACUCGGACUCUUUGUUCAGCCUCUCUUUCAGAGCUACAACACACCCGUGGCAGAAGAAGAGUGA